AUGACAACAAAUUCAUACUUUUCAACCAUUGAUUGUUCAGUUGAAGAUGCAUUUAAUAAAUUACCAUUAAAUGAUGAUGUGUUUGAAACCCAACAAAUACCAAAUACAGCAACAAGCUCACAAUUUUCACAAGUUUUCAGAAAUAAAGCAUCAACUGAAAGAUUAAUUGAUUCAAUUCAUCCCGAAUUAGAUACUCAUGCAAAAUUAUUUAAUAAUGCUGCAAAAAAGUUUUCUUCACGUCUUUGCUUAGGUACAAGAACUUAUGAUUACAACAAUAAAUCACUGAAUAAUAAAUAUGAUUAUAUUACUUAUAAGGAAACUUUUAUCAAGAAAAACAAUAUAGGUGCUGGUAUUAUUAGAUCUUUACAAUCAAAUAAAUUUUUAAAUCCAAAUAAAAUUGAAUCUCAUCAAAAAAUAAAAAAUCAUUUAAAUAAUAAAUUUGGUAUUCCAAAUUAUUUACGUAAUAAUCCAGAUAAUUGUAUUGAAAAAGAUUGUUCAUUUAUAUUAUCAUUAUUUGCAGUUAAUAGAGUUGAAUGGAUUUUAACUGAUUUAGCAUGUUCUUCAUAUUCUAUUACUUCAACUGCUUUAUAUGAUACUUUAGGUAGUGAUGUUUCACAAUAUAUCUUGGACUUAACUCAAAGUCCAAUUGUUGUUUGUACAAUGGAUAAAGUUGAAGUUUUAUUAAAUUUAAGACAACAGUAUCCAAAAGAAACGGAAGCUUUAAUUUCAAUUGUUUCAAUGGAUCCAAUUAAAUAUAUUGAUAAAAAUUUAAUCAAAUUAGGUCAAGAAUUAGGUAUUGAAAUUCAUGAUUUACAUCAAAUUGAAGAAAUUGGUAAAUCAAAUCCAAUUGAAGAAAUUCCACCAAAUCCAGAUAGUAUAUUUACUAUUUCAUUUACUUCAGGUACUACUGGAUCUAAACCAAAGGGAGUUAUGGUUCCUCAUAGAUGUGCUGCUUCAUAUGUUACAACUUUAUUAUGCUAUGAACCUCAACCAAAAGAAGGUGAUAUAGCUUAUGUCUUUUUACCAUUAACUCAUAUAUUAGAAAGACAAACCUCUGCAUUUGCAUUUAGUACUGGUUAUACUUUGGGCUUACCUCAAACCACCGUUGGUAAAAAAGAUUUUGUUCCUUUUGAUUUAAUGCUUGAUGAUUUAAGAAUAUUAAAACCAACUUAUAUGUCAAUUGUACCAAGAUUAUUAACCAAACUAGAAGGUUUAAUCAAGCAACAGGUUAAAGAAUUACCAAAAUCUGAUCAGCAAAAAGUCAAUGAAAUCAUACAAUAUAAGAUUCAAGAACAAAGUAAAUUUAUGGGUUCAAAAGGUAUUAACUCAAAAUUAGAUUCUUUUCCACCAUAUCUAAACCUACAAAAAAUGACUGGAUUUGAAAAUAUGAAAUGGGUACAAACUGCAUCAGCUCCAGUUGCUGUUUCAACAAUCGCUUAUUUAAAAGCAAGUUUAAAUAUGGGAUUAAUGCAAUUUUAUGGAUUAACUGAAUCAGGAGCAGCCAUAACUAGUACUUGUAUGUAUGAUUCAAGACCUGGUUCUAGUGGUUCCAUAUCAACAACUGGUGAAUUUAAAUUAAGAAGUGUACCAGAUAUGGGUUAUGAUAUUAAAAACUUACAAGGUGAAGUUAUGUUAAGAGGUCCACAAAUGUUUAAAGGUUAUUAUUAUAAUCAAGAAGAAACAAAUAAAGCAGUGACAGAAGAUGGUUGGUUUCAUUCUGGUGAUAUUGCAACUGUUGAUGAGUUGGGUAGAUUAAGUAUAAUUGACAGAGUUAAAAAUUUCUUUAAAAUGGCUCAAGGAGAAUAUGUAUCACCUGAAAAAAUUGAAAAUAAAUAUCUUUCAGCAAAUCUUUUAAUAAAUCAAUUAUUUGUUCAUGGUAAUUCAUUAAAAUCUUAUCUUAUUGGUAUAGCAGGUAUAGAUUACGAUCAAGGUUUAAAAUUUUUAAAUGAAGAAUUUGGUAUAAAUAAAAUUGGUAUGUCACAAGAAGAAUUAUUAACCAUACUAAAUGAAAAACCCGUAAAAUUAAAAAUUUUAAAUUUAUUAAAUUCAAAUGUAAGAAAUCAAUUAAAUGGUUUUGAAUUAUUACAUAACAUUCAUAUUGAAAUUAACCCCUUAACUGUUGAAAGAGAAGUUGUUACUCCGACUUUUAAAUUAAGAAGACCUAUUGCUCAAAAGUUUUUUGCUAAGGCAUUACAUAAGUUAUAUGAAAUUGAACAAAGUUUAAUUCAUGGUGCUAAACAACAAGUUGCAAAAUUAUAG